CCCGGGGAGCCAGGAGCGCGGUCGGGGUCGUGGGGGCGGAAAAGGGUGGCCAGGGCGGACCCGCGGGGCGGGCGAGAGGGCGGACCUUGGGCCAGGCCCCCGCCCCGCCCUCCGGCCCCGCCCGCCGGGCUGCAGGAGGAGGCGGCGGCGGCUCUGGGCGCCGGGAGUCGGCGGGCGGCGAGGAGCGCGGAGCCGGAGCUGGACGCCGCCGCCGCCACCGCCACCUGCGCGGCAGUCAUCAAGAUGUCAUGGCACCCCCAGUACCGGAGCUCCAAGUUCCGUCAUGUCUUUGGCAAACCAGCCAGCAAGGAGAACUGCUACGACUCCGUGCCUAUCACCCGCAGCGUUCACGACAACCAUUUCUGUGCCGUGAACCCCCACUUCAUUGCAGUUGUGACUGAGUGUGCUGGUGGAGGGGCCUUCCUCGUCAUCCCCCUGCACCAGACAGGGAAGUUGGACCCCUACUACCCAAAGGUCUGCGGGCACAGAGGCAACGUUUUGGAUGUCAAGUGGAACCCUUUUGAUGAUUUUGAGAUUGCCUCCUGUUCUGAAGAUGCCACAAUUAAGAUCUGGAGCAUCCCCAAGCAGCUGCUGACCAGGAACCUCACGGCCUGCAGGAAGGAACUCGUGGGCCAUGCGCGCAGAGUGGGCCUGGUGGAGUGGCACCCCACGGCCGCCAACAUCCUCUUCAGUGCUGGCUAUGACUACAAGGUGAUGAUCUGGAACCUGGAUACAAAGGAGCCUCUCAUCACAAGCCCCAUGAGUACGAUUAGCUGUCACCAAGAUGUGAUCCUCUCCAUGUCCUUCAACACCAACGGCAGUCUGCUGGCCACCACCUGCAAAGACCGCAAGAUUCGGGUCAUUGACCCCCGAGCAGGGACCGUCCUCCAGGAGGCCAGCUACAAAGGGCACCGGGCCAGCAAAGUGCUGUUUCUGGGGAACCUGAAGAAGCUGAUGUCCACGGGCACAUCCCGAUGGAACAACCGGCAGGUGGCCCUGUGGGACCAGGAUAACCUCUCUGUGCCUCUGAUGGAGGAGGACCUGGACGGCUCCUCAGGCGUGCUGUUUCCCUUCUAUGACGCAGACACCAGCAUUCUCUACGUGGUGGGGAAGGGAGAUGGCAACAUCCGCUACUACGAGGUGAGCGCCGACAAGCCUCACCUGAGCUACCUGACUGAGUACCGCUCCUAUAACCCACAGAAGGGGAUCGGUGUCAUGCCAAAGAGAGGACUCGACGUGUCCUCUUGCGAGAUCUUCCGCUUCUACAAGCUGAUCACAACCAAAAGCCUCAUCGAGCCCAUCUCCAUGAUUGUGCCCCGGCGAUCAGAAUCCUACCAAGAGGACAUAUACCCUCCAACAGCAGGGGCCCAGCCCUCCCUGACGGCCCAGGAGUGGCUCAGCGGGAUGAAUCGAGACCCAAUCCUGGUGUCCCUUAGGCCUGGCUCUGAGCUGCUGAGACCCCACCCACUGCCUGCAGAGAGACCUGUCUUCAAUUCCAUGGCCCCAGCCUCACCCCAGCUCUUGAAUCAGACAGAAAAGCUGGCUGCAGAAGAUGGCUGGAGGUCUUCCUCCCUGUUGGAGGAGAAGACGCCAAGGUGGGCAGCAGAACACAGGCUGGAGGAGAAGAAAACCUGGCUGACAAAUGGCUUUGACGUUUUCGAAUGCCCCCCACCAAAGACAGAGAAUGAGUUGCUGCAGAUGUUCUACCGGCAACAGGAGGAGAUCCGAAGGCUCCGGGAGCUGUUGACCCAGCGAGAGGUCCAGGCCAAACAGUUGGAACUGGAGAUCAAAAACUUGCGGAUGGGCUCAGAGCAGCUCUGAGCGGAGACCUCUGCCCUCCUCACCCUCAGGGACACCACUCGGCUCCAUGGGGAGGUUUAGAACCAAACCACAAGUCCCCUCAAGAACAACCACUAUUUCUAUAUUUUUUACCAGAAAACAAAACUCUCCAUCGCUGAAAGAGAUUCCAGUGGGACAUGGUGCCGUUUUUCUAUUUGCCUUCUUGCAACAACAGUUUCUGAAUUGACUUUGUUUUCAGAUGAUGCCUUCUGUUGAAUUCUGUUAUUAAGGGCCCAUGAUGAGCUGUAACUUCUCAAGAGGAAAGAACACAGUAGAAAACUAGAGCUGGAAGGAUCUAGGUUGACCUGUCUGUGAUUUUCAAACUGUGGUCCAGAGAAUAGGGGAAGACUGGGCCAGACGCAGUGGCUCAUGCCUGUAAUCCCAGCACCCUGGGAGGCUGAGGUGGGCGGAUUGCUUGAGGUCAGGAGUUUGAAACCAGUCUCACCGGGCGCAGUGGCUCACGCCUGUAAUUCCAGCAUGUUGGGAGGCCGAGGCUGGUGGAUCACGAGGUCAGCAGUUCGAGACCAGCCUGACCAACAUGGUGAAACCCCAUCUCUACUAAAAAUACAAAAAAAUUAGCUGGGCGUGGUGGCAGGCGCCUGUAAUUCCAGCGACUUGGGAGGCUGAGGCAGGAGAAUCGCUUGAAACUGGAAGGCAGGGGUUGCAGUGAGCCGAGAUUGCGCCACUGCACUCUAACCUGGGCAAUAAGAGCAAAAGUCUGUCUCAAAAAAAAAAAGAAAGAAACCAGCCUGGCCAACAUGGUGAAACCCCGUCUCUACUAAAAAUACAAAAAUUAGGCAGGGCGUGGUGGUUCACGCCUAUAAUCCCAGAACUUUGGGAGGCCAAGCUGGGCGGAUCUUCUGAGGUCAGGAGUUCAAGACCAGCCUGGCCAACAUGGUGAAACCCCAUCUCCACUAAAAAUAAAAAAUUAACCAGGCAUGGUGGUGCAUGCCUGUAAUCCCAGCUACUUGGGAGGCUGAGGCAGGAGAAUCGCUUGAGCCUGGGAGGCGGAGGUUGCAGUGAACCAAGAUCACGCCACUUCACUCCAGCCUGGGUGACAGAGUGAGACUCCGUCUCAAAAAAAAAAAAUUGGUCAGCCAUGGUGGUGAGCGUCUGUAAUCCCUGCUAUUCGGGAGGCUGAGAUAGGAGAAUUGCUUGAACCUGGGAGGUGGAGGUUGCAGUGAGCCAAGAUUGCGGACUGCACUACAGCCUGGGUGACAGAGCGAGACUCCGUCUCCAAAAAAAAGAAAGAGAGAGAAUGGGGGAAGACUAAGCAGGAAGGCUGUGUCUCCUUUCCCACACUGUGUUCCAACCAGACAGCUCCCUUCUAUUUUAUAUGUUGGGCUAGUAUGAAAAACAAUUCUGCUAGUAAAAAAAAUUUUUUUAGAAGUUUGAAAACUAGUGAUUUGACCCAAGUUCCUCAUUUUACAGGUGGGGAAACUAAGGCCUAGAGAGAGGCAAGUGAUAUUUGUUUCAUGGCAGGGCUGGGCUGAGAUCCUGCUUUUCUGGGUCUGUCUUUUUGCUCUUUUGGGUCUGAUGCAGUUCUCAGCCCACAGAGUAGAAAUCUGUUGCUUCUGGCCUCAGCUGUGCCCCAGUUUACUCAGUGACCUCUUGCAAGUCCUGCCCUCUCUGGUCUCAGUUUCUUCAUCUGAACAAGGGGUACCCUGGAACAAGCUGCUCUCUGCAGGAUCUGCCACCUGAAACCUUGACCUAAGAGAAAACUACCUGUGGGGUGAUCUGGGUUUGCUACAGAAACUAAUGGACACUGGCAAGGGGUCAGAGGCAUUCAACCCAAUUCUACAACACAGGCAGGUGGUCAAAACCAAACUUUCCAACCAGAAUCAGCCUGAUAUGGAUAGAUGCUGUCCCUUAUGGAGGGACGCAGACUUCAGAGCUGUGCCCAUGACUGCUGACUGCCACCACCAAGGCCCUCAGGUACACAGCCUGCCUCCUGCAGGAUGAUGUGGGCAGAUUUCAGCCCUAGUUAACAGAAGAGUCCCCCAGGAGGUAGGGGGCCCCCAUCACUGGAGACAUGCCAGCAGAGCCUCUGGCCACCUAACCAGGAGGUCUUCUGAAAUGACUAUACGAGGUAAAGAAGUAGGACCAGAUGGUCCCAAAGUUCCCUUUUAGCCUGAAAGCUUUUCUUUGUCUCUCCUUAGUGAAUCUGUGUUCCGAGCCCUCCUCUAAAGUUCAGUGGUCAAUACAAUAGUCCACCAAGAGACUGGGAAUGAUUAGAAGUGAAAUUGGUCCCUCCUUACCAAGGAGGGGCAGAUGAUCUCCAUUGCACAGGGCGAUUAGAUUCUGGAGCUGAGGUGGGGACUGCAGGAGGCCACCUAGUCUGGUAGGUUUCAACCCAAGCUGUGUACAUUAGAAUUCCCUUGGGAGCCUGCAGGAAAUACAGGUGCCCAGGCCACAUUCCAGACCAACUGAAGCUGAAUCUCCAGAGUAGGGCCUGUAUGUUCAUAUAAGCUCCACAGGUGAUCUGCAGUACAGUGAAGAUGGAAGACUGCAUGUGUACCUAUUUGCAGUAAAGAUGAAGAGGACCGCAAGCUCCAGACAGGAGCUGGGACUCAACCCAGAUCUCUUAAGUCCUGCCUGGUGGCUCCUUAAAAGUCCAGAAGUGUUGUUCCCAAGCCUUCCCUCAACAUCUCUGGGAACCGCAGCUGCAGCACGAUGGGGGUUCAGUGCCCCUGUUUGCCCCUUACCCAGCUGUGGUUUAUUCUGCUUGUAUGUCUGCACAGGCCAGAUGCUCGUGUUCCUUGUCUUAUUCUCCAUUUACUCAGUCACUGGGGCUCACUCCCGUCUGAUGCACUAGCCAAGAUUGCCUUAGUGUGCUCCAGAACAGAAGGCCAAAUCCCAGGCAUUGUCAGGGCAGCAGAGCUCUACAGGAUAGGCUUACCUUUCCCACCUGUGUGGCUAGCACUUCACAGUUUACAAAUUCCUCCCACCUCCACUCAGUGACACAUGCUGUUCUAACACAGGUCAGGCAGGCAUUACAGUCCCCAUGUUCAGAAUCAAAGACCUAGCCUCAGAGAAGUGAAGAAACAUCAUGCCAAGGUCACUGACUGCCAAGCGGUAGAGGUGGGGUUGCAUCCAGAGAGCUUCCCGGUAUGCCUCUGCACAACGCCAUUCCUUGGCCAGCUCCCUCCACCCCAAGGGACCCAGACUGCACACUUAACAAGCAGGACACAGGUGUCUUUGAACAAACUUUUUUAUUAUUAUUAUUUUUACAUCUACGAUAAAUUAUUUAAAUUAUUUCACAGCAAGGGAGAGGGAUAGGUAAUUUUUAUCAAAUAUUUUUUUAAACCAUCUGUUUUUUAAAUUACAUUUUUGUUUAUGUUCUUGAGCUGAUGCAGUGGAACUUGCCUAGCACAUUCAGGUCCCAGCCAGUUGGCAGAGCAUGCUCUCAUCUCCUUAUUCCAUACCCUGGGCGUCCCCUUUCUGUUGACUCAGGAACUUUCUGAGAAUGAGGACAGCACUAGGAGAUGAGCUUUGGCAGGUAUCCACCUUAACGCUACAAUAAUUGUGCUUCCUGAAACAAAACUUGAGAUUGUAUCAUAGAAGGAAACAGGAAGUCAGAAAUCAAAUCUAUGCUUUUAAUUGAAACCGUGCCUGAAACAGUUUGAAUGAUUGUUUUAAUGUUGUUUCUGAAAUUCCUUGUACCUUUGUGAAAAAUAAUGAUAAUAAAUAAAAGUGAAAAUAAAUAGAUGUGGAAUGUGCAAUGGAAAUAAUGUAACAAAAUAAUAAACAUCUGGCCAUUUUACUACAA